UUUGAUGCUGGCACACAAAAACACUUCAACUCUUCAGACUGAUGAUUCCAACCCGCGAGUACAUGUUUCCUGUCUGCAGGAUACACGUUGAAGAAAUGAAGCCCCUUAAUAUUCUGGUGUCGGUGUUUUCCCUCCAGAGUUUAGCACUCGCCUCACAAAAUGGCUCAGUGUCCUUCCUUCGGACCUUCUCUGGUCACUUUAAAGCAGUCAGCGCUGGGCCUGUAGACUACGUUGACCUGUCGUUGGACAGUUUGACCGAUGACGAACGCUCCGGCUCCGAGUCGGCGGAGGAAUCGGCUAAAAGACACGGUCUGCACCGCGACCCCAAGAAGCACUUCUUUGUCUCUGAGGAAACCAAAGGUUUCCUUCAGGGUCGCCUGACAACGACCUUUGUCCCGACCGUUUACACUCUCGUCUUCAUUGUUGGCGUGCCCCUCAAUCUCGUCGCCGUGGUGAUGUUCAUGCAUCAAGUCCAUCCUAGAAAACCGGCGGCGAUUUACAUGCUGAACCUGGCCUGUGCUGACCUGCUGUUCGGCCUGCUCCUUCCCUUCAAGAUCGCCUACCAUUACCAUGGCAACGACUGGAUCUACGGCUGUUUCAUGUGCAGAGUUGUCACCGCGGCUUUCUACUGCAACAUGUAUUGCUCCGUGCUGCUGCUGACGUGUAUCAGCGUUGACCGUUUCCUGGCGGUCGUGUACCCCAUCGACUCCCUGACGUGGCGCAGCCCUCGGGCGGCUUCGGCGGCGUGUGCUGCCAUGUGGCUGUUGGCCCUCGGAGGAGCGUCGCCUCUCCUCGUCUCCGGGCAGACCGUCCAUUUGUCGGACUUGGGCAUUACCACCUGCCACGAUGUGCAGGAUUCGGAAAAGCUACGAGCUCACUAUCUUUACUUCUUCCCCAUCUAUUCCUCUGUCUUCUUCUUCGUGCCGCUGGCCUUCACUGGCGUCUGUUACGCCCGUAUUAUUCGGGCCCUGGCGGCAGCGAAGGCGGAGAAGCGGUUCAGGAAGACGCGAGCCGCGGUGAUGGCCGCGGCCGUGCUGGCCGUGUUCGUGGCGUGCUUCGCGCCGACCAACGUCAUCCUGAUGGUUCACUACGUUCAGCUGUCCCACAGGUCCAGCGACGGCUCCUACCAAGCCUACCUGCUGUCCACGUGCGUAGGAAGCCUGAGCUGCUGUCUGGACCCGGUCCUGUACUACUUUGCCUCCUCUCAGUGCCAGAAGCAGGUGGCAGAGCUGCUCAGGUGUCGCCGACGGGCACAAGCAAAGAGCAGCUCAGGAAUACGGAGCUCACAAGCAGGCGGGAAGAGAGACGUCAGCAGGUCAUGCAAGAUGGAGAGCAGCCACGGCGGCAGGCCGGUGGCGUCACCCGGGAUGCAUUUCUGAGACACUUUGAUAUUUAUUCUGUGGGUUCUGGUUUAAAGAGUUUAUGCCAAUAAUAAAAAUACUAGGUAUAUCCAGUGCCAUUUGAAUUCAAUUACCUGUUAUUUUGGUGUCACAAAAUAUACCCGACUGUAGUGUAAAUGGCACAUAACAUGUCAUUCUUUUAGAUGUUUGUUUCAUAGUCUUGUUUGUGUGUGGAGUCUUAAGAUAUACACAGUUAAUAAUAAAAGAGCUUUAAUCUGAAAAACAUUACAAGUUAUUGAAGAGAAUGUAAUUAUAAAUGUAUGUAUGCAAACUAACUCAACAUACAUAAUUCAAUCAAGGCAAAAAUUCUACAUUAUAACAUAUUUUCUACAAUACUUCUGUUGCUGUUUCUCCAUGUUUUGUAUUGCUGUUCACGGUGUUCUCUCUCUCUCAUCGGGGCAGAGCUCUGAAACAAAAUAUUAAAACAAAACGAAAAUAGAAAAUAUUUUCUCUCAGCAUUAUGGACAAUGUUGAAAGCAUUUCCAUUUCCUCACCAUGUGCAUUGCACUUCAUGAACUUUAAGCUGCGUAACGUGUCAUUGGAUGUAAAUGUAAACAUUUUACUUCACAAAUCUAUUGUAUGCCAAGUUAUGUGUGUGUUGCAGUUUGGAGUCACAGGGGCAGCUUUGCUUUUAGACAUUAAAGUUUGCUGCAGAUCAA